AUGGCCAGCCCACAGGACCACUUCUUCAAGCUCUUAGAGUACUGGUCCAUUGAUAACCUCGACGCUCUCUCGAGAGACUACGGAGGCCACUCGGAGUCCGACGAUGCUAAACGCCUGCGUCUGAAGAACUAUCCGGGAGCCCGAUCCUAUCUCAGAUUUCUGCGGGAUUCGUCUGGCGACUACGACGAUGGCCCUAGUUGCACUGGCGCUGAGUCAGAUUCGGAGCUUUGCCGCGGAUGCACCAGCCGGUUGAACGAGGUAUCGAAAAUCGAGUAUUUUCGAGUCGGUCUCGAAGAUUCACUCCUACGUGGUGACGCAGACGACGCGGACGAUGUCGACUAUAAGUGCGCGAAUCUUCGCCCGAACGAUGUUUCCCUGUGGGCCAAGGAACCCAACUUCUACCGAGCACUCGCUGCCGAUGGAAUGGGCUUCUUGUCUCAGGUCGCUCAUGUGUGCAUAUACGCCGCCGUACGUCCUUGCACGAACGCAAGGUGCACAAGGCUGCGUGAGAGGAUGGGUAGCCGUGCCCCCAGGUUACCAGGGUGGCCAUCUCUAAGGGAAUGGGCGAUCACUGCUAUGUCCUGUCAGGAGAAUCAUCGCAAGGACUGGACUGAGAAGUCUGCUAUUGGGCAUACACAUAUUGCCAGCGCUGUUGCGGGACUUGCAAUGGCUCUGGCAGAGUGCUCACGCCCAUGCUACAGGAAGACUCAUUUCCAAAACCACCUCGAUAACGCCGAGGAUGGGGAGGACGAGGAGGAUGCGGAUGAGCAAGUCAAACUUCUGGAUCAGGUUUUGGACUUGCUCUAUUGGAUGGUUUCGGUCCAGUACAACUUCUCAGUUGGACUAGACAAGUUCGGUCGUUGGGUAUCGGAUUUGAUGUCCAACAGCACUGGCGAUGGACUCGAGAGGCCUAAGAAAGCAUUCGACCAACUGGACAACACCAGAUUCUGCAAGUUCCGAGUAUCGAAUUUCCUCGAAGCCUGCGACCGAAAGGAUGCGGAUCUGCCAACCAUUAUGAAUUUCUUGGGGUCGAUGAAGAGUCUUGUUGACGACAAAGAAAAGAAAGCCCACGAGAACUGCACGCCAAAGUUCUGCCAGCAGGCUAUCAUGGGCAGUACGAAGACACAGCAAAUGCAUGCGCCUGUGGAACAUCAAAGUUGCUCCAAAUUGGAGUUCGACAUGGACAAUAUCGACAAGGCCAUCGACGAAGGUCAUUCCACGGCCUGGCUUGGCGGCGAGGAAAACAUAUCUGACAACAAAGUUCAGCUUGCUCACCCGCACGAUGACUACGUCGCGAUCUCCCACGUCUGGUCGGACGGGACAGGCGUGGGUCUCUCGUCAAAGAAGGGGGAAGACCCAGACUCAAGCGCUCGCAUGAUCAACUCCUGUCUCUGGGAAUUCUGGGAAGACAAGGUCAACAAAGUCUGGGAAGGCGAGGACCGGAAAGCCAUCUGGUGGGAUGCUGUAUCCGUGCCGGAAGGCAAUAAGCAGUAUGACAAGGCUCUCAAAUCCUUACACAAGAACUACGCCAAUGCGAAAUGCACUAUCGUAUACGACAAGGAGCUCACUCGCACCGAGUUCAAGAACGACGGAAGCCCGUGCGUUGCGCUGGUAUUGUCGAACUGGUUCUCUCGCGGUUGGACUGCGUUGGAGCUGCAGAUGUCCAAGCAGGUCAAGGUGCUGUUCAGAAAGGAUGGCGAGAUCGUCCCGUAUGAUCUUGACAAGGAUAUCUUGGAGUUCUCCCCGUCCACGACAAGCCCCGCCCAUUGGCUGGCUACGAGCUGGAUCAAGCGCUUGCGAGAGCCUGUCAACGAUAUUGGCGACAUCAUUCACUUCCCGCCCGCUCGAAAAGACGAAAAUUGCUGCACUUCUGGCUGA